UUCAUAUCCUGUACAUGUCCGUGUUGAUAUGUGGGUGCAGGAAGUAACUGCUGUGAGUGAACUAACACAAGACUUUGAGAUUGAUUUAUACAUAAACGAAUUUUGGGAGGAUCCUGCUCUUGUUUUCGACUAUAUGAAUCCCUGUAAAAAUAAUAUUUCGUUCGACGACAAGGUGCUUCAAAGAUUAUGGAUACCGAACACAUGCUUUAUUAAUUCGAAAAUGGCUGCCAUUCACGAAAGCCCAUUCAGGCAAGUCUAUAACUGA